AUGGCGCGUGUCUAUGCCGAUGUCAACGAGCACAUGCCGCGGUCCUACUGGGACUACGACAGCGUGAAUAUCUCCUGGGGUGUGCUCGAGAACUACGAGGUGGUCCGUAAAAUAGGCCGAGGAAAGUACUCCGAAGUGUUCGAGGGCAUCAACAUCAUCAACUACCAGAAGUGCGUUAUCAAGGUGCUCAAGCCCGUCAAGAAGAAGAAGAUCAAGCGUGAGAUCAAGAUCCUCCAGAACCUUGCCGGAGGUCCCAAUGUCGUGGCCCUGCUGGAUGUCGUUCGCGACAACCAGAGCAAAACACCAAGUCUAGUCUUCGAAGCCGUCAACAACACCGACUUCCGGACGCUAUACCCGCGCUUCACCGACUACGAUGUCCGGUUCUACGUCUAUGAGCUGCUGAAGGCGCUGGAUUUCUGCCACAGCAAGGGUAUCAUGCACCGAGAUGUCAAGCCACACAAUGUGAUGAUCGACCAUGAGAAACGGAAGCUUCGGUUGAUCGAUUGGGGUCUCGCCGAAUUCUAUCACAAGGGAACCGAGUACAACGUGCGAGUGGCCUCUCGGUACUUCAAGGGCCCGGAGCUACUCGUAGACUUCCAGGAAUACGACUACUCUCUGGACAUGUGGUCCCUGGGCGCCAUGUUUGCAUCCAUGAUUUUCCGCAAGGAGCCUUUCUUCCAUGGCAACAGCAACUCGGACCAAUUGGUCAAGAUCGCCAAGGUUCUCGGAACCGAGGAGCUUUUCGAAUACCUAGACAAGUACGACAUUGAGCUGGACCCGCAGUAUGACGAGAUCCUAUCUCGCUUCCCUCGCAAGCCGUGGCACUCUUUUGUCACGGCAGAAAACCAGCGCUUCGUCAGCGAGGAGGCAAUUGACUUCCUUGACAAGCUGCUGCGAUAUGACCACGCGGAACGUUUGACAGCUCAGGAGGCUAUGGCCCACCAGUAUUUUGAUCCGGUGCGGGCGGACGCACAACGGAACAACGUGGUCCAGUCCUGA